AUGCAUGAACUACUAACAGAUGAUCAGAAAUUGCAACAGAAUAUAAACAAAAUAGAAGAACAAUCAAGACGUUCUGUGGCAACAAUCAAUGUAUUGGAAAUACAAAACACCUUCCUGGAGCACACUGCAAUAUUGACAGUUUUUCUAAACCAAUUCGCUUGGGAAACUCAAAACCUCCAAUCCAUUGUCAACUCGGCAUUAAAUGGAUUGAUGCAUACAAAUGUCUACCUCCCAUCUCAAUUGAUUCAUGAACUUAAACAAAUACAACUGACAUUACCGUCUACACUAGAGCUACCUAUAACUGAAUCUCACUUAUCUAUUCCUGAAUUAUUCCGAACAUCCAAGUUAAGCGUAGUGUACAUCCAACAGAAUCUCGUAUUUGUGACCCGUAUACCCUUAUUGUCAAAUUUUCGGUUUAACCUGUUUCAUAAUAUUCCACUUCCAAUACCUACAAAUAAAGGUAAUAUAUUAAUCAUUGAACCACAGGCUCAGUACUUGGCAAUAAGCGAUACUAACGAAUAUCAUUUUAGUCUAACCGACGAUCAGUAUGAAAAAUGUGAAACAUUGUUCUCUUUUAAGUUAUGUGUAAAUCCUGAGGCUAUUAGUAAAUCUAAACACCAGGAAAAUUGUGAGGUAUCUUUGUACAAUUCCCCGUAUCAAACGAUAGGAGCGUGUAACUUCAAAUAUAUGAACCUAAAUACUACAAUCUGGCAUAAGCUUUAUCUGCAAAACGCGUGGUUAUAUUAUUGA